UGUCAGGAAUUACUGUUGUCAUUUCAUGGAAAAUUAAUAACAAAUUUUCAUAAAAAUUACCGGUUAAUUUACACAAGAAAAACUGUGAAUGGCCUCAGUAUUUAUGCUAAGAUCAUAUUUAGAACUGGCAAUGAAGGUAUAUCGGAAUUAAGCAGCUGUAUAAUUAAGGAUCGUGAUCAUAGCGUUAGCCAAUAUUUUGUCACUUUUGUGACAAACUGUGGACUCUUUUUUUUUUAUUACCGGUACGUCGCUCGAGCAGGUGAGGUCUCAGAAGAGUAAGAUGUGUUUGAAAUAAUUUAUUUUUUAAAACAGAAUGCUAAGAAGAAUGAGGAUGAGAAGGGGUAGACUGGGAAUCGUGCUGAGUAUAUUCUUUGUGUGUUUUCUGAUGUUACGAUAUAAAGGCUAUUCCAAUCAGAUUUAUCGUCUUCUAUAUGCGACAUUUGACACCGUGUACUCUUACGAUCAAUCAAGACCCCAUUUCUGCUGUACCGUCUUUCAGGGUGGAUUAGGAAAUUUAUUGUUUCAGUAUGCAUUCUCGUACGGUCUAGCUAAAGAUAGAAAUCUCACCCUUCUCGUCUCCAAAGAUGAACUGGGCCAAUUACAACAAGUAUUUCAAAUUCCUAAUACAUCAUUUGAUGAGAGGGGCCACAGAGUUUGCCGAUAUUCCAAGAAAUAUGAGGAUAAAUAUGAUGUUGGUUACGACAGUAGUAUCAUAGCCGUGUCAAAUAAUACCGACCUUCAUUUUGAAGGCUAUUUCCAAUCUUGGGUUUAUUGGAGAGAUUAUGAUGAUGAUCUUCGCCAGCAGAUUCAGUUUCAUCCGCAAGUCUUAACACAAGCGAAACGUCUGCUUGCUGAAGCACUAGGAACUCUCGGGAAAAUAUCACGGGAAGUGACUUUAGUAGGUAUCCAUGUCAGAAGGGGGGAUAUGAUAACUAAUGACUAUUUUAAAAAUUAUGGCUACAAGGUUGCUGAUGAGAAAUAUUUAGCCACAGCUAUGAAAUAUAUCCGUGAUCGUGUGAAAGGGGAUAUCGUAUAUGUUGUUUGUUCCAAUGAUAUGGUUUGGACCAAAAAGGCUAUAACGGAUCCAAAUGCUGUUUUUAUCAACGGUACGAAGCGAGAAUAUGACAUGGCAGCGUUGACAUUAUGUGAUCAUUUUAUUAUGACUGUCGGAACGUUUGGUUGGUGGACGGGAUUCCUCGCCAGAGGGAUUAUAAUUUAUUAUGACAUGCCAUUUAGACCUGGUACUCCAUUGGCUAAAAAUUGGGCCAGCGACUACAAAGAGACCUUUUUUUACCCUGGUUGGAUUGGGAUGAGAUAGCAUGAUACGAUUGGAUUGGGAUUACAAGUCAUUUUUCUUAAACUCCGGAAACAGUUGUUACCGAGAGAAAACGCAUGAAGUUAGGCAGACAAUGCUCCUCCUUAUCACAUACUAGCCUGGGAUCGGUCCCACAACUUGUAUAGGGGUCAUUCCAUAUCAACUGAACCUAUGGUGGGAACAUCACCCCCUCCCAAAAAAUAAUAAAAAAUAUGUUAUAGGUCUAGUAUAUGGCCUUAAACUAACAAAUCCAAAAUUUUACCUUUCUAGGUCAAAAACUUGCUGAGGUAUGGCAAUUUGAAAUGAGGGUGCUGAAACGGAUCAUAAAUUCAGUUAUUUUUUUCAGGUUUCCAGGUGCUUUAAACUCACAUUUCUAAUAUGAUAAAAGUUGAUCAAAAAUGAUAAAUAUGACGGGUCUUUCAGAAGUAAUUUUAAUCUGAUUGUCAAAACCCAAUAUUCCAAUUUGUGAAGCGGAAUAACCAUUUUUUAUACGCCCACAUAGAAAUGUAGACAUAUAUUGCUGUCGCCCCCGUCCAUCGUCCACAAUUUCUUGUGAACGCCAAAAGUUAUCAUCCAAUUGUUUUAAAAUUAUGUUGUUUACAUUAGUGAGAUGAAGAAGCCUAUUGAAUUUCAGCAAUUUCUGUGUAUUACUUCUAGAGCCAUGGCCGUUGUUUCACUUUAUUGAACCUUGUGAACGCUCUAAUGCCAAAAGUUAACAUCCGAUCUUUGUGAAAUUUGUAUGGAAUAUUUAAAUUAGGGACACGAAGAAGCCUAUUGAAUUUCAGCAAUUUCCGUUUAUUACUUCUAGAGUUAUGGCCCUUGUUUCACUUUGUUUAACCUUGUGAACGCUUUAACGCCAAAAGUUAUCAUCCUAUCUUUCUGAAAUUUAUGUGCAUUAUUUGAAUUAGUGAAAUGAAGAAGCCUAUUGAAUUUCUGCAAUUUCUGUGUAUUACUUCUAGAGUUAUGGCAAAAAUUAUAAUCUGAUCUGUAUGGAACUGUCUUGUAAAGGCCCCUAAUUACCUACCAAAGGAUUAAAUAUGCGACAUCCCUUGUCAACCGCUCGGACGAUUUAGCCGCUGUGGGCGUAUGUUUCGUUGCCUGGCAACCUAUCUUUCUAAUUUGGUAGGCAAAAAAAAUUAGAACAAUACAAUGUAGAUCCAAAAUGAUUGCAUAUUCGUAUUCAACGCAAACAUCACUCUAUAUAGACACAUUUGAGGGGUAUAAGUACUCAAUAGUGACUUUGCCAGAGGCUGUGGAAAUCCUGAAAAAAAAGUGAAUAGUUCACUUGUUCCACAUUUUGCCACCUGGUGGCACGAACUGUGUGAAUCGCACAUUGUGUGUGAUGCUAAAUUCGUAAACUUCACCAAAAGUUGUCUUAGAUUACAAAGUCAGAAAGUUCUACUCCAGAAAUGUGAGUUUAAAGCACCAGAAAACCUGUAAAAAUUACUGAAUUCAUGAUCCUUUUCAGUACCCUAAUUUCAAAUGGCCAUAUCUCAACAAGUUUUUUAAGACAUGGAGAGGUAUAAUUUUGGAUUUGUUUGCUUAAGGCCAUAUACUAUAACAUAUAUUUUUAUACGCCCACAUUUUCAUGUGGAUGUAUAUUGUCGUCGCCCCUGUCCGUCCGUCCGUCCACAAUUGUUUGUUAACAGUCUACAGGUCGCAAUUUUUAACCGAUUUCAAUGAAACUUGAAAUAUAGGUUUAUCACCCUAAGAUCUCGGUUCCUUUCUGUAUCGGACAGUAACUUCAUGGAUUAUGGCCCCUGAUUGUACGAAAAAUCACAUUUUUAGCUUGUGAAUAUCUCUGUUUAGCAUGUACACACGUCAACCUAUUACAGUAGUUGUCCGUCCGUCCUGAUUUCAUUUCCGGAGCAAUCCGAGCAUAACUCAUAAACCGUUCAAGAUAUCUUUUUGAAACUUUGUACACACAUCAACCUAUUACAGUAGUUGUCCAUCUGUCCCGAUUUCAUUAUCCGUUCAAGAAAUCCUUUUGAAACUUUGUACAAACAUCAAACUAUUAUAUAGUAUUUUAUUUUCUGAUGUAUAAGCUUAAUUUUUAACAUACAGCAGCGGAUUGAGGUAGGCAAAGGUUAUUGUGCAAACCUUACAGGGAGUAGCAACUGUGCCUUGCCGAGCUACUGUGAUCAGAGUAUGAAUCUUCUGACUAGUCCCAUUGAUAUUUCUUAUGCCUUCCGAACAAGUGCAAGGACGCAAUAUGUUUGGAAUUACAUUUAGCAUUGUUCAUGCCAAAUCUGAUGAAAAUCCAUGCAGACACAACUGAGGAAAUUCAACUUUUGUUGUCAUUAGCACCCUUUAUUAUCAUGCUUUUGAGUCAAAUUUGAAACAUAGAUGGUAAAUAAAAUUGGUAUUGUUUUUGGUGAUUAAUAUGUAGUUCAUCACCCCCAAUAACAAAAAAUGUCAUAUCUUAUGAACAAAAAUUACAGUGCUCGCUUUAAAAUGUGCAUUUUGGACUGCUCAACACCUUUAAGGGCUGUCGGCUCGAGUUUUGUCAUAGAUGGCACGUGCAGAUUGUCUAAGCUCUUGGCAAGUCACAUGACACAAACAUGACUUCUUUUUAAUAGAUAUUUUAUAGCUUGGGGUAUUUUCUCAAAAACACAAUGUUUUUAGAGAGAUUUGAAGGAAAUUUUUGAUAGAUUAAUUAGUUUGAAUAUGUUUUUAGUCCAAAUAUAUCAUCAAAUCACCCAGUUUGUACCGGGAAGGUAUCUUUAAAAUGUAUCUAUAUACAGUAAAUUUCUAUUAAAACUGGUGUCAUAUACCUCUUUUAGUUCCUGCAACAAGAUAUUCUUACAAAAUGUCAGCAAUACAUUCACAAUAUCAAAGCCUUUUAAUUGAGUACGAUAUCCCUUUACACUUUCUGUUCAGUACAUUUGUUAUAAUAUUGUCAACAAAUGAGACAUCUUUUGAUCCCUUACACUUCUUUAUUAAUAAGUAGUGGUAAACUGAAGACAAUAAAACAUUUUUCAUAAGUAUCCAAUAACAUAACUUGCAGCUGAAUUGGUGGGUACAAAUACAUUGUCAAAUUAGCACUUAAUUAACAUUAAUGUCAUUGAAUUCAUUGAAAUAGCAUUGAUGUCAUGUGAUGAUAUGAUGUCACCAGAAAAGUUAACCAGAACAUGGUGACAUAAUACUGAAAAUGGUCAAUUACAUAUUUUUCUCUUUAGCGAAUCUUGAGUUUGACGUGGUGAAGAUGAUGUUAUUUUAUACCGGGUAUAUGUAUGUAUAUUAUAUGCUUUGUUUUAUGUAUCUCGUAUUCAGUAUGAUAUAUUAUAUUACCUUGCCUCCCAACAGCUUUAAAUUUUAUACAAAAUAUUGCAAUACUCCAUAUAUUGAAUUUGAAGUCAGGAUAAUCAGGUCACAAUCAUAGACGAGAUUGUUUUUAUUUACUUUAAGUAUUUUAUUUGUUAUUGAUUGUUUAUAAUAUAUUAUAUAUUGCCAUAUUUCUAUUUUUACAUGUAUUUUGUCACAUAUCAUAUAAUGUAUUGCACUUAAAUCUUGAGGUAAAAGUGGCCAUAUUCCAAAAAUCUUUACAGAUCACUGUCACCCUCAACCACAUUUAAAAUGGCUGCACAAGACUGACUAUGCCAAUUAAUGUGCAUGUACAGUUCCAUUAACAAGAUGAUUGUGAUGAUAUCUUGUCAAGACUAUGAUGGGAAUCUCAGAUGAUUGUGAUAUCUUGUCAAGAGUCAAGACAAUAAAUAAUGGGAAUCUCAGGAGAAUACCAAGAAUGUGUAUAGCAUAUAAGUCAGAUAUUAACGGUUUUAUUUCGGGUACUGCAUUGUAUAUGAAUGCAAUAAAAACUGCUAGAUGGGCUGUUAAAGGCAAACAGCUGGCAGCAUUUAACUUAUACUAUCAUGAUGAUCUUUGUGGACCAGACAUUAUCAAUAGUGUAAUCAGUCUCAUGCAGCUAUUAGGCAGGUGAAUUUUUUGUCAAAAAUAUUACAUUGAAUCAAUGAUGUUUCACCAAUAUUGUCAUGGGUUAUUUGAUCCCACAUAUGGCAGAAGAAAAAUUAGAUUUAAUGUCCGCACCUCAAACCCUUUCCAUAAAGAUAAAGAAUUAACUUGCAUAAUAUGCGAGUCAUAAUUUAUUCUCCAGAAUAUUUUAUUUCAUUGAUAUGUUUUGUAUAUUAGAAACAUUUUAAAGUAUGAGUUUUAACUUGAAAGUUGUAAAUAUAUACAUUUAUUGGUACAUUAAGAAAUAUAUUGUGUCAUAUUCACAGGACCCACUAACAUAAUUGUUGGAAUUGUGACCACUUAUGAUAAAUUUGACUUGGCAAUUUUAAUCUUGGUUGUUGAGAUUACCACAGCUUGAAGCAGCUUCCACAUUAUAUUCUACCUGCAAAUAAUGUAAGAGAAUAUUAUAGGUGUAAUUCAUAUAGCAAUGUCUGACCUCUUUCAUAUUUGCCUCUUCAUAUUUAUCAAAUUAUUAGUUAAAUUUUUAAUAUAUCAUCGCUUAUGCUGAACAUCUAAACCAAUGAAAAUUAAUACUAUAUUACUACACUAUAUAUUCCAUUAUUAUUUACCAAAAAAAGAAUAAAAUAUAUAUCUAGUGUCCCAAAUUAAGUAUAGUGGUUAUAUGUUCAUGUAUACAAUGAAAAUUGUCCUCAACUUUUGUCUAACAUUACUGAGAAGAUUUUGUUUUAUGGCUUAAUUUUACAUAAAUUAUUAACUUUGUCACUUAUCCUUUCAAAUAUUUUUUUUUUAAAUCAAAAUCAUCUUUGCUUGGCUGUAGUCGUUCCCGAAAACUUCAGGUGGGCAGGUGGGAAUAUAUCUGCAUUACAGCCUCUCAUUACAUCUUGAGUUUUUCAUGAAAAUUGAUAUUCUGCAUCUCUUACAGUUCUUCUGAAGAACUUCAUCUAUCAUUUGAAAUAAAUUAGAUAUCUAUUGAAGGAAAACAAAGAUUAUAUGUUGGUCACAGCAUUAUCUGUACCAGUAAUCUAAUUCAUAUUUAUAGGCCAAUAAUCAUUUCGAUUUACUUAAUACAUAUAGAGAUGUAUAUAAAUUUUAUGGUUAUUUGAAUACUGUAGACAGGGGCAGAUCCAGGAAUUUUUGCAGGAGGGGGUUUGCAAGGUUCCUGUUAAGGAAGUUUGUCAGUGGACAAUGCAUGAUGCCAUCGUCGUCUCCAAAUUACGUAGGCAUACAUACACACCAAGCUUUUUAGAAAGAGACGUUAGUUUUUAUAAUGAAUUAAUAGGAUCACAUUGUGAUUCAAUUUCAUUGAUGCAAAUCAUUAAUUGUGAUAUCACAAUAUAACUUUAUAAAGUGGAUUUGAUUUAUGGACACAGUUGAGAUCCUAAGCUAUAUAGAGCCUGGAGGCUCCUUGUUAAAAAGUCAUUAUACCAUAUACCAUAACUGUCCAUAACAGAUCGCCACAAAACUUGGAAAAAAAAAAUAUAUAUAUACAGUACUGUUACAUAUAAAAAAGCAUUUAGCAUUUUAAAAUUAAAAAAUAAUUGUUAGACUGCUGUAGAUUUUGAGGCCCUUUAAUAAGCUGUAGCUUGUUUUAGCUUAUGUCUAAAUCCGGCACUGCACAUGGCUAUAAUUGUCCCCCGCCUUUCGAAGAAAGCAGGGGACUAUUAAAAUGGGUUCGCCCGUCUGUCUGUCCGUCUGUCUGUCUGUCUGUCCGUCUGUCCGUCCGUCACACUUUUUGGGACACAAUAACUCUCUUCCUAAUUGAGCUAGAAUGUUCAAACUUGGUGUAUGUGUUUAUUAGGUCAAUGCCUUGAUGGAGUUCGAAGAUGAGCAUUUUCCGCUUAGGGUAAGCAGAGAUAAGCAAUUUGAUUGGUUGAUGCUUUGGGACACGAUAACUCUCUUCCUAAUUGGGCUAGAAUGUUCAAACUUGGUGUAUGUGUUGAUUAGGUCAAUGCCUUGAUGGAGUUCGAAGAUGAGCAUUUUCCGCUUAGGGUAAGCAGAGAUAAGCAAUUUGAUUGGUUGAUGCUUUGGGACACGAUAACUUUUAAUUGAGCUAGAAUGUUCAAACUUGGUGUAUGUGUUUAUUAGGUCAAUGCCUUGAUGGAGUUCGAAGAUGAGCAUUUUCCGCUUAGGGUAAGCAGAGAUAAGCAAUUUGAUUGGUUGAUACUUUGGGGCACGAUAACUCUCUUCCUAAUUGAGCUAGAAUGUUCAAACUUGGUGUAUGUGUUGAUUAGGUCAAUGCCUUGAUGGAGUUCGAAGAUGAGCAUUUUCCGCUUAGGGUAAGCAGAGAUAAGCAAUUUGAUUGGUUGAUGCUUUGGGACACGAUAACUUUAGUUCUAAUUAAGUGAGAUUGAUGAAACUUGGUGUAUAGUUUCAUUACAGUAAUACCUUGACUAAGUUUGAUAAUGAGCAUUUUCUGCUCAGGGUAAGCAGAGCGAUACGCAAUUUGAUUUUUAUAUGUGUCCUCUAAUUAUUUUCCUAUUUCGGCGGGGGACAUCAGCCUCACUGUUGGCUUGUUAUAUCCAUUAUGGGGGUGAUAUUUUGUCAUUUCUCAUACUGAUGAACAAUAUCAAUUUCAAACUAGGCACUAGUGGUUUUGAGAUUCUCACUGUUAGUUAAAACAAACUAAUUGUUGAUAGCACAUGUGUUGACUAUAUUAUUAGAAAUGUUUAAAUUAGACCAUACACCAAAAAGAACAUUGGGCCAUAAAUAAUACAAUCCUAACAUAACUCAUAAGUUGUGUCUGUCUCAAGUUCACAUUACCUUUUGUUGAUUUUACGGCAGGAUCUUUUUUGUCACUGAACAUUGUUAUCCUUUAAACAUACAUUAUGCAAGAGCUAAAUCUGCCUUUUGAUUGAUUCCUAUCUACAAACAUUGAGAACACAAUGACCUAACCUUUUUUUUUUUUUUUUUUAAUCAAACUGAUAGAUUAAUCUCUAUAAAACACAUUUGUAAUUAUUGGUCAUCUGGCACAUUGAGGUUUUUAUCAACUAAAUUAAAUAUUUAAAUCAACUAAAUUAAAUAUUUAAAUCAUCAUAAAUCAUUAGUGUGAAAUAUGCUAAAUCAAAAAGUAAAUGGUUAUCAAAAUCAAAAUGUACAUUGUUUAUCUAAAUCAAAAUGUAAAUGGUUAAUCAAAUUCAAAAUGUACAUUAUUUAACUAAAUCAAAAUGUAAAUUGUUUAACUAAAUCAAAAUGUAAAUUGUUUUAACUAUAAAUCAAAAUGUAAAUUGUUUUAACUAAAUCAAAAUGUAAAUUGUUUAACUAAAUCAAAAUGUAAAUUGUUUUAACUAACUCAAAAUGUAAAUUGUUUAUAAAGUCUGGACAUAUAUUAUGUAUGUAAUGUGACUAGAAAUCACAAAAUAAAUACAUAUCAUGUAAUAGAGGUCUAAUACGAAAUCCAAUAUUUAUAUUAUGUCCAGUCCCUAAAUCUGACAUGUAUAUGUAAUGAAGCCCUGGAUGAAAUGUGUAAUGGAGCUGUAGAUCAUGCUUAGUCUAAGUGUAUAUUGUGUAACUAAGUCUGAAAUAUAUAUGUAGCCUACUGAAGCUCUUAAUCAUUCUAAGACUAAAAUAUAUAUUAUGAAGCUCUAGAUAAUUCUCAGUCUGAAAUGUAUAUUAUGUUAUAUUAUUAUGUUAUAAAGCUCUAGAUAAUUCUAUGUAUGACAUGUAUAUUAUGUUAUAAAACUCUAGAUAAUUCUAGCCUGAAAAGUAUUUAAUGAAGUUCUAACAGAAUUAUAUUGCCAGCAAGUAAAUUGAUAUAAUGAAUAUAUAAUGUUAUUUAUAUGCAAUAAUAAAAAUAUAAAGACAAGAAUUGUCUUUGAUUUUAUUAGUGGAUUGGUCAAAUGAUUUAUGCCAUACCAUCCCGUGUGUGUGUGAAAUAGCUUUUUUUAACGUCCCCUGUCCUUUCACUUUUUAUACGCCCACAUUGAAAUGUGGUCGUAUAUUGUCGUCGCCCCCGUCCGAACGGCGUCCACAAUUGCUUGUGGACGCUCUAGAGGCUAAAGUUAAUAUCUGAUUGACUUUAAAUUUAUAAACAGUGUUUAAGGUCAUGAGACGAAAAAGCCUAUUGAUUUUCAGCGAUUUCCGAUAAUUACUGCCAGAGUUAUGGCCCUUGAUCGCUUCAAAAAAUCUUGUGGACGCUCUAGAGGUCAGAGUUAAUAUCCGAUUGACUUUAAAUUUAUACACAGUGUUUAAGGUCAUGAGAGGAAGAAACCUAUUGAUUUUCAGCGAUUUCCGAUAAUUACUUCCAGAGUUAUGGCCCUUGAUCACUUCAAAAAAUCUUAUGGACGCUCUAGAGGUCAAAGUUAAUAUCCGAUUGACUU